AUGGCCGCUCGUCAUUCGCGCAAAUUUCUGCGUCCUCUGCUCUACACCUCGGCCGCAGCGGCGACGGGCGCCGGUGUCCUGUACAUCUCAUAUCGCCCACGCAAUAUUCCCGGUCUCGAGGCGCCUGCGGUCCCCCCACCAGGAUAUCGCGAGGGCAAGCUGGUACCUCCGAGUUUCCCACCGAUCAAGUCGCGCAGCGAGCAGAUCCAGGAUCUGAAGCGCAGCCAGGAGGAUGAGCCCUACGAUCUGCUGGUGAUUGGCGGUGGUGCCACGGGAUCGGGCAUUGCACUUGAUGCCGCCACUCGAGGAUUGAAGGUCGCCGUGGUGGAGAGAGACGAUUUCAGUGCGGGAACCAGCAGCAAGAGUACCAAGCUGGUGCAUGGUGGUGUCCGCUAUUUGGAAAAAGCGGUUUGGGAGUUGGACUAUAACCAGUAUAAGCUCGUGAAGGAGGCGCUCCGCGAGCGCAAGUACUUCCUGAACACGGCGCCGCACCUCUCCCAGUGGCUGCCGAUCAUGGUGCCGCUACAGAAAUGGUGGCAAGCUCCCUAUUUCUGGGCGGGUACCAAGGCCUACGAUUUUCUGGCCGGCUCCGAGGGUAUCGAGAGCUCCUACUUCCUGACCAAGAGCAAGGCGAUCGAUGCAUUCCCCAUGCUGAAGCGGGACUCGGUUAUUGGAGCCAUGGUCUACUAUGACGGCGCUCACAACGAUUCGCGCAUGAAUGUUUCGCUGGCCAUGACCGCUGCGCUGUACGGAAGUACCGUGGUGAACCACCUGGAGGUCACCGGACUGACCAAGGAUGAAGCGGGCAAGCUCAACGGUGCGCAUGUCAAGGAUGUGAUCCCCCAGAGGAACGGCCAAGACUCGCCGCAGUUCACCAUCCGAGCCAAGGGUAUCAUCAACGCCACUGGCCCCUUCACUGACUCGAUUCGCAAGAUGGAUGAGCCCGAAACCAAGGAGAUUGUGGCUCCUAGUUCCGGUGUCCACAUUAUUCUUCCUGGCUACUACAGCCCUUCCAACAUGGGAUUGAUUGACCCAUCUACCUCCGAUGGACGUGUGAUCUUCUUCCUGCCGUGGCAAGGCAACACCAUCGCCGGUACCACUGAUCAGCCUUCGGAGAUUUCCACGCAACCCGAACCGUCGGAGAAGGACAUCAAUUGGAUCCUGUCCGAGGUGCGCAGAUACAUUGCCCCUGAUAUCGCUGUCGACCGAGGCGAUGUUCUUGCUGCGUGGUCAGGUAUCCGUCCCCUGGUCCGCGACCCGAAGGUGAAGAGCUCCGAAGCGCUGGUUCGCAAUCACCUCAUCUCCGUUUCUCAGUCCGGUCUGUUGACCUGUGCCGGUGGCAAAUGGACCACGUACCGCCAGAUGGCCGAGGAGGCCGUGGAUGAGGCCAUCAGCUCCUUCAAACUGAAGCCUCGCGAAGUGGUCUCCGUCCCGGACAUCAGCGGCGUGGGUGGCAGCGGGUUGGUUUCCGAUGGUGCCGUGCUGGACGGUAGCUGCCAGACUCACCAGGUGCGCCUUAUCGGUGCUCACGGCUACUCAAAGACACUCUUCAUCAACCUCAUCCAGCACUUUGGUCUUGAGACCGACGUCGCCCAGCACCUCACGACGGCCUAUGGUGACCGCGCAUGGCAGGUUGCCGCCUUGUCCUCUCCCACGAAUGCCCGCUUCCCCGUGCGAGGCUGCCGCCUCUCGGCCCUCUACCCAUUCAUCGAUGGCGAGGUCCGUUAUGCUAUCCGCCAUGAGUAUGCUCAGACUGCAGCCGACGUGAUUGGGCGCCGCACUCGCUUGGCCUUUUUGAAUGCCGAGGCGGCGCUUGAAGCGCUCCCCGGCGUCAUUGAACUGAUGGGCGAGGAGUUGAAGUGGAGCAAUGCACGCAAGGAUCUGGAAUGGAAGGAAUCUCUGGCCUAUCUGCGCUCCAUGGGUCUUCCCAAGAGCCUCCUCGGUCUAUCCAGACACGAUGUGCAAGGAGGUCGAGUGAAGGAGCUCGAUGAUGCAGACCGCAACCCAUCCACCCGGAUUGGUAUAACCCCCAGCGGACAUGCUCGAGACCGACGCUCGGUCGACCAACAAAUAGAUUUGUUUUUUAAUAUAGAGCCACGUUAUGGAAGGCGCUUCCUCUCAUCGCCAACCGUUCGACCCUUCGAUGCUGUUUCUCUAUCACCCCUGCAUGUCAUUAGCCUCCCAACACCCACCAUGGAUCGACCACAGAAACACCGGGGUUCUACCUCUUCCGGCGCGCAUAAGGCGAACGCAUCACAGGAUGACAAGAUAACCUUGUCACCCACGGAAGGAUGCUCUGAGAAACAGGAUCCAUUCGGAGAUGAGACCCACGCUGGCGUGAAGUACAAGACGAUGGUGUGGUGCCUUACACCGUUAGUGAUGAUCGCGGAGACAAUAUCCCUGGGGAUUCUGGCGCUCCCCAAAGCGUUGUCGACAUUAGGGCUCCUCCCGGGGAUUCUCGCAAUACUUGGAAUCGGAAUCAUAUCGACAUAUACAGGAUACACCAUCGGACAGCUGAAACGCUGUUAUGUACAGAUCCACAGCAUGGCAGAUGCUGGAGAUAUCCUUUUCGGACGGCUAGGCCACAGAAUACUAGGUUCUGCACAGCUUAUUUUCCUCGUUUUUGUCAUGGCUGGCCAUAUCCUGACCUUUUCUAUCAUGAUGAACGUCCUGACUGAACAUUUUACCUGUACCAUCGCGUUUUCUGUGCUGGGCUUGGUCGUCUCGUUUGUCCUGACUCUUCCACGGCGACUCGAGGAUCUGUCUCACAUCUCCACUGUGAGCUUCAUCAGUAUUAUUGGAGCAGUGCUGACCAGCAUGAUCGGUGUUUCUGUGAGCCGUCUGGGCCCGGCCCAGUUACCUCUUUUCUCUCCCACCCCUUCGGUGCACGAUGCAUGUCUUGCCAUCGCGAAUAUUGUCUUCGCAUACGCCGGAAAUGUUGCCUUCUUCACAUUUUUCUCCGAGCUGAAGGAGAUCAACGACUAUCCCAAAGCGUUGGCGCUCCUGCAAGUGAGCGAGAUGGUUUUAUACACUGUGACUGCAAUCGUCAUCUACGCCUUUGUUGGACCAACUGUUGCAUCGCCAGCUCUAAAUUCAGCAGCAAGCUUAUUUCGAAGAAUCUCCUACGGAAUUGCCAUUCCCACUAUCGUUAUUGGGGGCGUGGUGAAUGCCCAUGUGGCGGUCAAGUCCAUCUAUGUCCGCACCGGCCGAGGUAGUAACUCCAUGCACACAUGUUCAUACACGGCCAGAGCUUUGUGGGCGGCCAUUUGUGUUGUGCUUUGGGUCUUCUCGUGGGUCAUUGCUGAGAGCAUUCCGGUCUUCAACGACGUUUUAGGCCUUGCGGUGAGUACGGUCAAUAUGUGGAAUAUCAUCCUCCGGGCUGAUCGAUAG